AUGUACACGAAAAUAUUUCAUGGCAAUCGAGAACGAGGAAACUGGCCAACCACCUGUGCAAUAAAGUCAGCCAGGUUGCUGGGGAAAUCUUUGCCAGACGCUUGUGUACUAAGUACAAGUACACGCAAAUAUCUAAAGCCGACUGUGAACGGGGAAACUGGCCAACCACCUGUGCAGUCAUAUCGGGCAGGUGGCGAGGCAAAUCAUGCUCGGAGAACUAGCAAUGUAAUGCACAUGUACACGAAACUAUUUAAAGGCAACUUGUACACAUACAUAUCUAAAGCCGACUAUGAACGAGGAAACUGGCCAACCACCUGCACCGUCAUAUCGAGCAGGUGGCUAUGGAAAUCAUGCUCGGAGAACGAGCUGUGUACUACACAUGUACAUGAAAAUACUUAA